UGGUCAGUGUGGCCAGUCUUUUUUUGAAACACCCAACAGCCUACUAUACGUUCUAUUUACAAUUUUCGUUUAGGCAUUUUCACGAACACCUUGUGCUCAGCACGUUCACACCUUAAUCAAUGGCCACCACCCGCCGAGUUUUCAAACUCGCUCAAACGAAUAACACGUUGAGCAAAGCCACUGAGCAUCUCGACCCACAUUUUAGCUUCUACGUCAGUACGUGGUCUAAGAAUCAGCACCGAUUUAUGACGAGCAGUAAGCGAGUACAAGAUAGAAGCAAGAACAAGCGAAUACACGACCUGGAAAUCGCGAAGGAGAAGUGGAAGGUCGCGAACAGGGUCAUCUUCUUGAUGGAGACUCUGAAGAACGAGCCUGAGAUGGUCAUGCCAGUUCGUGAACUGGAACAGAACCGCAAGCAAAUGAGUCUCCCGAAACCCCACAGUAUCUCCGACUUGCUUCGCAAAUGUCCGAAACUUUUCGAACUCUACAAGGACAAAAACGGCGUGUUGUGGUGUGGAAUGACAAAGAAAGCCGAGGACUUGGUCGAAGAGGAGCAGAGAAUUAUCGAGGAAAACGAAGACAAGGUUGCAGAGUAUGUUACAAGGUUCCUAAUGAUGUCUGUGGAUAAACGACUUCGUUUAGAUAAGAUUGCGCAUUUUCGACGAGACUUUGGAUUGCCUAUUGAUUUUAGGACCAAUUGGGUGCACAAAUAUCCUCAGUACUUUAAGGUUGUGAAGCGUGAUGAGGAUGAUGAGAUUGGGUUUUUGGAACUUGUUUCUUGGAACCCAGCUUGGGCUAUUACUGAGUUGGAAAAGAGAGCAAUGGGAAUGGGAGUGAAUGAGGUUCAUGAAGAUCAUAGUAUUAGUCAUAACCCGGGAUUGCUUUCGCUUCCUUUUCCUUUGAAAUUCCCUUCUACUUACAAGAAAGUUUAUAGAUAUGGAGGAAAGAUUGAGCAUUUUCAGAAGAGGUCAUAUUUGUCUCCUUAUGCGGAUGCCCGGGGACUCAAGGCUGGUUCACUAGAGUUUGAUAAGAGGGCGGUUGCAGUUAUGCACGAGUUGCUAAGCUUCACCAUUGAGAAGAGAUUGGUUACUGAUCACCUUACACAUUUUCGGUGGGAGCUCGUGAUGCCCCAGAAGUUAAUGAGACUUCUUUUGAAGCAUUUUGGGAUUUUCUAUGUCUCGGAGAGGGGGAAGAGGUUUAGUGUGUUCUUGACUGAAGCUUAUGAAGGUUCGGAACUGAUUGAGAAAGGGCCCUUGGUGCUUUGGAAGGAGAAAGUCCUGAGUCUUGCUGGUUACAGAGGAAAGAAGAAGAAGAUUGAAACUUAUAGUGAUGUGUCAGAUAUAGAAGAUGAUGGUUUGUCUGAGGACGAACACAUUAGAGUGCAACUUGGGCAAGAGGAUACCAUGGGUAGUUUGGAGGAUACUUUACUUAGAGACAAUGAGGAGAUGGAGAUUGGAGAGGUUUGCAAUGCUUACGAGGAUGCUGAAGCAUCUUGAGUUUGUGAUUUGACUCGCAAGGAAGUUUUGGUUCUGAACUUCAAAUCUAAGACAGCAGCUUCAAGAUCUAGUUUGUCACUUAGAUAAGAAGAUUUAAUUCUUCCAUUGGCGGAGGCCUUGUUGCAGGUCAACCAAUUCAGAUGACAUGAUAAAAUCAAUGGCCAGAAUUAGCUGUAGCAGUUUGCCAGAUCACCAGACUUCAAAGAAUUCGUUGCUCCACAUUUUUCAUUUUGAAAAUCAAAAACAGAAUUUCCCCAAGCAGACAGCAACAAUAAAAACCUUUGACACUCUACAGUGUUGUGAAUGAAGUUGCUGAUAAUUUCUUUGUAGCUUCCAAUAUUCCAGAUGGGUGUACUCCUAUCCACAUAAAUCUUGUGGCAAGGCAUGGAACUUGUUCUCAUACUAAGAGACGGAUAAAAGAGUUGGACAACUUGGCAGCUCAGCUGGAAGCACUUCUAAGAGAUGCAGAAGAACAGAAAUUGUCUUUGGAAAGGUUCCUUCCUGGUUAAAAGGAUGGAUAUCUCCUUGGAAAGGAAAGUUGAAGGGAGCGAGGGAGAGGACAAACUGUAUGAUCUUCGAAUCAGCAUUAGUGAAAAAUUCCUGGAUCUAUUUAAUGAGGAAUACCACCCCAAUGUUUAUGCAAUAAGGGCAACUCAGGAUUUCAGGAAAAAGCUGGAGUCUGCUGUUGGUAAGCUCAAGGAGCCUAUCUUUGCUGGACAGUUUACGGGCUUCUCUGAAGCAUCUUUGUUGGACAUAACUGAUGAAGCUUGUAGUCUUUUCACCCCUUCUGAGGUACAUGAGAUUGAUAUUUGAAUAAUCUGAUGCAAUUAAAUAUUUCUUGUUUUGCGUGAUUGUUGUCCUGAUAUGCCAUGUGCAACUUCUAGUCUACACCUCAAUGAGAAAAUAAAUUUAGAUCUGCAAUUUUACCAACUAUUAUUAAGAUGAGUUAAUACUUAAUAGUAAUUCAAAUUGCAUCUAUAAUGAAUCUUUUUUCUUUUAGGAUGUUGAUGUCUUUGUUAUUUGGUUGGAAAAGUAAGAGUGUACACAGUUUUUUUUUUUGGUUGAUGGUGAUUUCCACCAACCUUCUCAAAUACCACACACACACACCCUCAAAUCUACCUCUGACACUUCCGUAACCAAGUCACCCUAAAAUCUACUUGAAGAUCUUCACCAACAGGACCCCCUUGUACCAUCUGGUUCCCAACGAGACUCAGUUCCACCUCAACCAGAUUUAAUCCCUGUUAUCUCAGCCCUAUGAAACCCUCCAAGCCCACCCAUCCCACAUCUGCAUGUCAAUCCACUUGAAUUGGGCCUAACUCAUUCUCUCCCUUUUAUUAGCCCAUUUAACCCAGAGCCUUCUGCCAGACAACCUACAUCAGCCCAAACAAAUGUUUUAAUUGGGUCACUGUUAUCAACAUGCCUAAAAAGCCCACCCACAGCCCUAUCCCCAUCAGCGCAUUCAUACCUGACCUUGGCUCCCUCCAAAUUCAAAUACCCAUGGAAGAAAACUCAACCUUGAAAUGCAAAUGGGAUCCAAUCUCAGAGGAAAACUACCACAAGAAAUUCAAGCUCAAGCUCCUUCCAACCAAUCCCCCUCCCUCCAACCCAGAGCUACCACAAAACUACCCAAUCCUAUUUCACCCAGGAACCUCUCCCACCCCAAAGAUUCCCAAAUUAAAGUUAAAGAAACUUGCAAGAGUUAAAUCUCUGACCCAAACAAAUGCUCCCACAAGAAACUCUUUUGGGCAGAGGAGCCGCGCCUUUCCAAGCCCCCUCCUCUUUCAUGAGGAUCCUUGCUUGGAAUUGCCAUGGGUUUGCCCUUGCCACAGCAAUUCGCUCUUUGAAGAAGCAUCCCCUAAAUGUGUCUUCCUAAUAUAAUAUUAAUAAAGUUAGCCCAAUUUUUGUCAAAAUUUGGCUUUGUUAACAUCAUUUACCAGAGUUCUGUUAGAAAGGCAGGUGGAUUCUGCUUUGCUGUAAAAAUAGUGCAGAAGUAGAAUUAGUAUCACAAAACACCAACAUCAAUGCUCUCAUCUUCUCAGAGCCCCCAAAUAACCCCUGGAUACUUUCACUUGUUAGCCCUCAAAGCCACUUUCUGAGACAAUCUUGAGCAAGCUGUCAACCUUUUGCUGGAGGUCUGAAUGGCUUUAUCAUCAACAACAGAUUGAUCAACCUAGGCUUUCAGAGCAACAAAUUCACUUGGACUAAUAAAUGUCCAUUAGGAGCCACCAUCAAAGAACGUUUAGACAUAGCAAUUGCCAAUGAGAGUUGGCGUUGUCUUUUUCCCAAUGCCAACCUUAAACACUACCCCAUCACUGGCUCAGAUCAUGCUCCUAUAAUCCUAUGCACAAUGGGCGAAACCCAUAUCUAUCCAAAACCCUUCAGAUUUGAGUCCAUGUGGACAAGGGACCCGUCAAGCUUUGCCGUCAUCAAAGGGGCUUUGAUCAAACGUUUCCAUGGAUCCCUCCCUUACUGCUUGUCCCAGAAAAUAAGAGAAGCUGAGUUCUUACUCAAAAAUGAAACAAAGAUGUCUUUGGGAACAUCUGUUACAAGAUCAAAUCCAUCACCGAUUAAAUAAACAAAAUCCAAGCAAGCCAACUCUGCCUUGAACAACAACACCGGAGGGAAAUUACUGCAAGAACUCAACAAAUGCAUGAUUAAAGAAGAUAUGCACUGGAGAAAAAAAAAUUGUGAAUUCAAUGGCUCACCUCCUCCAACCUAAACACCAGGUACUUCCGCCUAUUUAAAAUCCUAAGAAGCAAUGCUAUUGAUUUCCCUCCCUAGGUCCUUUCUUGGGAUGAUGAUGCUGAUGGGCCGGUUCCCCCAUUGCCCCUACCCUCUUUGGGCCCUCCUUAAUAAAAUUUCUCUCUAUUAUCUACCCAAAAAAAAAAAAAAAAAAAACCACUAGAUAAUUCUGUUGAUUUUGGAAGUUUAUUUCAGG